AUGGCCGGUGCUUCUGGAUCUAACGGUUCCGAGCAGCCCCCACAGGCAGCCGCGUCGGGCGCGGGAGGCGACUCGAAACCGCAACCCGUGGCUCUUAUAAUCGCCAUCUGGGCCGUCUUUAUUUUCCGCGCCAUUCAAGCCCCGCCGCCGAUCCCGCUCACCGAUGCUGACGUCACCAGCCCGCGCGUCCGGCUCUCGGACGGCCGCCACGUGGCGUACCACGAGAUGGGCGCGGCUGCUGACGUGGCCAAGUACCAGGUGCUGGUGGUGCACGCGUGGCAGACUUCCCGCCUGAGCAUGCUGCCCAACAUCACGCAGGAGUUCCUGGAAGCCAAUGGCAUUCGCCUGGUGAGCUACGACCGCGCGGGGUACGGGCAGAGCGACCCCAACCCGGGGCGGACACUACAGAGCGACGUGCGCGACGCGGGGGAGGUGGCGACUCUAGCAGGGCUGGGGGAGAAAUUCUACCUCGUCGCCACGUCCAUGGGGACUUACGUGGCUCUUGGAGCUCUGCGGUACAUGCCACACCGGCUCAAGGGACUGACAAUAAUCAGCGUAGUGGGCAACCCAUGGGACCCCACGUGGCCCAAGCACGAGUUCACAGCCACGUGGCAGCAGAUGCCAGUGCAGGAUCGCAUCACGCUGCUGCUGGCCCGCCACGUGCCCUCCCUGCUGCACGCGUGGUUCUCCCAGACGCUGGUGCCCAUGGGGAACUUCCGCCAUCCAUUCCAUCCGCACCCGGUUGACCUCUAUGAGUCGGACAUGGCCGCCCUGGCGAGUCAGGAGGUGUUCGGGUACUUCGCACGGAACAUGCAAGAGGGAGCAAGGCAAGGGGCAGGCGUGUCGUGGUACAGGGAUUUCGAGAUCCUGGCUUCUGACUGGGGCUUUAACCUCUCCGAGAUUGACCUCUCUCAGACACAGGGCGAGGAGGGAGAGGGCGGAGGAGAGGCGGGGGGAGAAGCGGGGGGGUUGAAGGGGAAGGUGCACAUAUGGCAUGGGGAGGAGGACUGGGGGGCACGGGUGGGCUAUGCGCGGCAUGUGGGGAGGGUGGUGGACGGCAGUGUGCUGCAUGUGGUGCCCAACAGGGGUCAUUUCUUCAUGUACAACGAUGCCCACAUGCCCCCCACUGUGCUGCUCACCAUGCUCGGGCUGGAGGAGAGGGCGAAAGGAGAGAAUGUGGGGGCGAGCGAGGGAUGUGCUGCAUGUGGUGCCCAACAGGGGUCAUUUCUUCAUGUACAACGACGCUUACAUGCCCCCCACUGUGCUGCUCACCAUGCUCGGGAUUGA